AUGCCUCGCGCUCUCAAGUCAGCGAGCGAGCGAGAGAUGACCGCCGUCUUUGAGGCCAUUGAGUACUACGACUUGCAUAUCGCCCCUGACUUGGUCGCCACAGGGGCCAGCGGACCGCUUAAUCCGUACUGGAUGCCCCAUGCCGCCGCUCCAUAUCUUUCAACGUCCUGUGCCCAGAGCCUCGUAUGCUCCGCACUCUGCCACCGAGUCCUGCAGUCCAGUGAGGCACCGCCGUCCGACCAGUUUGUUCUGGUCCGGCGACUCCAACGACAUCGGGGUGAAGCCAUCCGCGCUUUAACUGCCGACCUAGGCUUGCCGGAACAGCAAGCAUCCGAUAUGACACUGGCCGCAGUGCUGUUUCUUCUCUUGGUAGAGCUGCAAUACUCCUUUGAGCCGCCUGACUGGCGACAUCACACCAAUGGAGCAAGUGCCGUGAUGCAGUUAAAGGGCGGCUUGACAGCCCUAGUGCUGACUCGCCCUGACUUCCACCACUUGCUUCGAUUCUAUGCUCUGAUCGAGAUUAUGGGGAGUACAACUUCGCCUUACGUAGAACCCGUGUCAUCAAGUACCCAGCUCGAGCUCAUCAGCCUGCUUCCGGCCCUGUAUGGGAACGGCAUGUCAACCUGCUUCCCCUGUCCCCCGGAUCUACUCGCCGAAGUUAUCCGCGUCAACCACCUUCGCUCGACGUUUGAGUGCCCCGAGUCUAUUCCCGUGGAUACCCUACCGGCUGCCCCAGAAGAAGGCAAACAGUGGGUAGCCCUGGACAUCAUCCGGCGCGUUAGAGCCUUCCCAACCAGCAGGUGGGCCUGCGAGGUUGUCUCUGCCAUCCCUCCGGACUUACUCGAAUCGCAAGGCGGUCUCGGCGGAUGGCACUCUAUGGCUUGUAUCUACCAGUCGGCCAUCGCCAUCUACUGCAUCCGUGCUCUUCUGCACGACACGAGCGAAUUGUCCAUGGACGCAGUACGCGCACCGGGCAGCUACGCCCCUUCACAAGGUCGUCUUGCUACCUAUGAGGCGCUGGCGUCGGCAAGGCGAACAUGUGCCGCAGUCCUCGUCAGCCGGCUGCGCGAGAUCUGCAGGUACAGCCAGCUGCGCAAGAUGGUUCUGUGGCCCCUGGUAGUCGCGGGGAUUGAGGCAGAAGAGGACACAACGAAACAAUUCGUUGUUAGCGAACUCAGAUGGAUCAGUAAUGCCCUCGGAACGGCUGCGCCCCUGGUAGCGAAGGACCUGUUGGUGAAGCGCGUGUGGAAGCUCGGGUUAGGGAAGGGGACCUGGGACACAUUGUUCGACCAACCAUAUGUCUUCGUCAUGUAA